AUUCAGCAACCAAGAGGUCGAGGAGAGAAAACCGGCAAGGCAAGCGAGAUAUCAUCAGAGGGGGAGCUAGGCGCUAUGCUCCCGGCCGCCAAUGUGACGGCGCGGCAGCGCGGGCGCCGGAGCGGCGGCGCCCCCCGCCUCGCCGCGGCGGUGCUCCUCCUGGAGCUGCUCGCGCUCUGCUGCCUCGCUCGCGCCGACGCCGCGGCCUCUCUCGCGGGUCGUGCACCUGCGGCGGAGGAGAAGGAAGUGGCGAGCGCACUGGAACUGCAGAAUGCUAGAGCACAGGAGGUGCUGGAGCGCGGGCACUACACGACCUUGUCGGCUGAGGCGGUGGCAGGGGAGGAAGACGAUGGACAAGUGAUGCCGGGGAGGGUGGAGCUGGAAGUGAUCCAGGACUACAGCACCACAGCCAACCCCAGGCACAACCCACACCCAUGAUCGGCGCAGUAUCGCCGCCGCAUGGGGAGCAAUCGAUCACAGCCGCUGUAGCUUUGUGGCAGCAGGAGCAGGACGAAGCAGCAGGAUCAAUGGAGUAGUGGCAGUGCUUGUAGCGGGCGCCUGCCUGCGUGCGUGCGUGCUCAGCAAUCACUUCGUUUUCUUUUCUUCUUCUCUUUGCUCCUCUUUUCGCCUCAGAUCGAUCGAUGUCUAUCUCCACGUCUCCUCACUGCAUACAAGAGCAAGUAGACUUCCUUUUUGCUUUGCUGUUGUGUCGGCACGGUGACUCAUCAGUCAUCACCGUGAUCCUAGCUGGUUAACAUGUGACUCAAUCCUUGUUUAAUUUGGUCUCUCAUCCCUCUGUGCCUUUAUUUGUU